AGCUGAGUGGGGGGCGGGCUCGGUGCGGGGCGGUGGCUGAGACGCCGGUGCUGCCUUGGGGAGGCGGCGGUGGUCCCGGCGCGGGGUGGCCAGCGAUGAAGCCGCCUAGUUCAGUACAAACAAGUGAGUUUGACUCAUCAGAUGAAGAGCCUCUUGAAGAUGAACACACUCCAAUUCAGAUAUCAUGGCUAUCUCUGUCCCGAGUGAAUUGGUCGCAGUUUCUUGGUUUAUGUGCUCUUCCAGGUUGUAAAUUUAAAGAUGUUAGAAGAAAUAUUGGAAAAGAUACAGAAGAACUAAAGAGCUGUGGGAUCCAGGACAUAUUUGUUUUCUGCACCCGAGGGGAACUGUCAAAAUACAGAGUCCCCAACCUCCUGGAGCUCUACGAGCAGUGCGGCAUCGCCACCCACCACCACCCGAUCCCGGAUGGAGGGACGCCCGACAUUGCCAGCUGCUGUGAGAUCAUGGAAGAGCUUGCAGCCUGCCUCAAAAACAACCGCAAAACCUUGAUACACUGUUAUGGUGGACUUGGAAGAUCUUGUCUUGUAGCCGCCUGUCUCCUACUCUACCUGUCUGACAGCGUAUCGCCACAGCAAGCCAUAGACAGCCUGCGAGACCUGAGAGGAUCCGGGGCCAUCCAGACCAUAAAGCAAUACAAUUAUCUUCACGAGUUCCGGGACAAACUAGCUGCACAUCUAUCAUCAAGAGAUUCAUUCUCAAGAUCUGUAUCAAGAUAAAGAAUUUCAAAGAGCUUAUCUGUGACCAUGUCUGAAAUCUGAGUUCUCUGAUUUGUACUGAAAUGAAUAUUCUAGUGUUAUCAAUGUGAAUGUCAAUGUUUAUGUGCAGAUAUUCCUAAAGCUUUUAUUGACAAAAUUCACUGUCUCUUUCCUCUUAUACCAAAGGGAUAGAACUUUCCUUUUAGAAAUGUACUGGCUGCUCCAAUAUAUUUUAGCUGGAGGUAAUACCCAAAAAAGAUAUGUGGAAAAAUAUUUGCAUAUUUUUAUUACCACAGCUUUAUGUCAUUUUACUGUUGGUACCAUAGUGAAAUACUGGGUGGCAUAUGACAUAGUAGUUUUGUAUGCAUACUCACAUUUGUCUUUAAGUAAUUCCCAUCCACUAUUCCUCCCCAAAUUUCCCCGUCUGCUUUCUCUACUUCACAGACUUAGGGAAGUGCUGCAGAGUCCUGAGUCCUCCAGUCCCCCACCCCCACCCCCAGUGCUGGAUGGGUCCCCACAGGUGUCUGUCCAUCAUCUGCUGGAACAUUCUCUGGAGACCAGGGCUUGCUGGGCUUGCGACAGCUGCUCUGUCUUUAGAACAUUCAUUUCCCCACCCAGGGAACUACAUGGAUGGAUUUUAAUCCCUCCCUCACAUUUAUUUAUAAAGUACUCAGCCACUGGUUAACAUCUCCAAUUCUUGCCUUCACCUCACCUUCUAUUACUGAACCCACCUUUUUGUCCUCAAAUCCAACUUUGAGCUACCCAAACAGUCAUUUGGCUCUAGCCCAGUAUCAUGAAAGUCAGACACCUGUUUUGACAGAGCAGGAAUUGCAGCCCCAGGCCUCUCAUGGCCACCAGUCUUCACAAAUAGGAGCCAGUGGUCAUCUGGCCGUUGCUACUAGGCACUGCCACACAAGAUAAAGUUGCACCACACCAAAAUGGACUUCCUAAGUCACACCAUGACCAAGGCUCACACUCCUCUUGCUGCUGCUGAACGACUUGAAUUUCACUAGGGAAUACUCCAGAACAAUUAGGAGUGCUGACAGGGAACCUGAGCACGCCGGUGAUGUCACAGAAAAUCAACAGUUAACACCUGCGUGCAUAUACUGCUCCUCGAACUGAACAUGUUACGAGAAUUUAAGGCAGACACAUAUAGCCCACCAGUUCUGGAUGCUUAAGCCAGGGCUGUCUUACCCCAGAUGAUAAAUACAAAACGCUCUGGGAAGAGAGCUCUUUUUCAAAGAGCAAGCAGAAAAAAGGUAUCUUCAUGAUUUUAGUUUUACGAACAAACACAAUUUAAAAUCACAAUAUUCUAUUAGUCACUGAAAUUGACAUUGGCAAAUCUUAGCUUUCUCCCAGUAUAUAGCUUAUUCAUGAACACUUAGGAAAAUUAAAUCCUUUAAUAACCACAUUUUCAAAGUACAAGCAUCUCUUAAUUUUCAUUGCAAGUAGUAAUUAAGCCUUCAACAUCUGAAAUACUUGAAUAAACUUAACACGAAUACUAAGUAUAAGGGAAAACAUCAAUUACUCCAUAACAUAAGGUGGGAAUGUCGCUGCUGAAAUAGAAUCGUACAGUUUAAUAACAUGUAAUUCCAACAUUCCAGGAAAAGUGUUUUAUUGCUUAACCUAUGUGUAUCCCCCAAAGUUUGGGGGGGGGUGAGAAAUUGCAGAGUCCUAGUCAUACACAAACCAGAGGUGCCUGCAUUUAACACCGAAUUAACACAAAUGCUCAACCAUUAUCCAUAAACCUCACAAGGAAAGAUUUGAGACAAUUUUUAUUAAAUAUACAAAAGCAGAAUAAGCAAGCUCUAGGGAGUAAGGUAGGGCUACUUAACAGCAUUUCUUUGGACAGCGGUACAGCACCAUAAGGUUAACUCAGAUUUUAACAAACAAGGGGAACAGAUAGACAGCUAACCACAUUUUAUGUUUCUUUUAGUUGUUUUAAGGUCUACCCAGUCAUACAUCUAAGAAAUUUU